UUUGCCCCCUCCGAUAGGAACCGACGCGUGUGUUUAAAAAAACCUGUGUAUUUUGUGUGUAUAAUAAUACAUUCUAAUUGUUCUGUGUACAGUGUCUUGUGUAUAAACAUAAGUGUAGAAUUUGACAUACCGUUUCCAGUAAAAGGUUUCUAAGAUGACGUAAUCACCAUUCGCGUACCACUGUCGGACCGACACUCGCUCGCCGAGAUGUCUACUUACCUCCGUCUGCUGUUCAUAUGCGCCGUGGUGAUAGCUGCAGCAUCGUUGACGCGGGGUGCCUCAUGCCCGUGGGCGUGCUCCUGCAGGGCUGCAGCGGCUGAUUGUGCCCACCGAGGGCUGUUGCAUGUGCCCAAGCGAUUGCCCACCGAUUCGCAUCGAUUAGACCUACAAGGCAACAACAUCACAAUAAUCUUUCAGAGCGACUUCCAAAACCUGAAGGAUUUGAAAACAUUACAACUGUCAGAAAAUCUUAUCCACACGAUCGAGAGAGAUGCCUUCUUGGAGCUGAACGCUUUGGAACGACUGAGACUGAACAAUAAUCGGCUGGGCCAUUUGCCAGAGGGGAUAUUUUUGAGAUUGAGGCACCUUCAGAGAUUAGAUUUAAGUCGGAACGAGCUGACUGCUAUCAGUCGGAGGACGUUCAGGGGUCUGACGGCAUUGAAGAGUCUACACCUGGAUGGGAACCACCUCAAAUGCAUCGACGAGAAGGCUUUUGAAAACCUGAAGAGUUUGGAAGUACUGACACUAAACAACAAUAACUUGACGUACCUCUCACUGGAACCAGUUGCGAUUAGUCGCCUGAACACGUUGCGACUGACCGACAAUCCUGUCGUAUGCGACUGUAGAGUCGCAAGACUGGCUACCACUGUCCGAGCUGCUGGGAUCUUAGGAGUUGGUGCCAGAUGCCAGGCACCAGCAGCAUUGAGGGGCGCACUCCUCACCGAGUUGGAGCCGCAUGAGCUGAUCUGCAGCGGUCCCACCACAACUACCACGGUGGAAUGCUCAGCGGAACCUCGCUGCCCUCCUCCAUGCCGCUGCACUCCCGAAGGCACCGUGGACUGCAGGGAGAAGCUGCUCUCUGAACUACCAGCCACUAUACCUCAUAGGGCUACUGAAAUCCGCCUAGAACAGAACGAGAUAACAGAAGUGGGAGCCGGCGCAUUCGCGUCAGUGAAGCGAGUAGCGCGCAUAGACCUGUCAAAUAACAAGAUCACGAAGUUAGCCGCAGACGCCUUCACUGGUCUUGUGCACCUAACUUCAUUAGUGCUAUACGGUAACAAAAUAAAGGACCUACCUUCGGGGAUAUUCCACGGGCUCUCUUCCCUGCAGUUACUGUUGCUGAACAAUGAAAUCACUUGCGUUUUGAAGGAUCUUUCAGGGAUUUACAGAAUGAAAUUACUUUCUCUAUACGACAACAAUAUCAGAUCGCUACCAAAUGGAACAUUCGAUGCGCUAACCGGGAUUCAAACCUUGCAUUUAGGUCGGAAUCCCUUCGCCUGCGACUGUUCCUUGCGUUGGCUUGCAGCGUAUUUAAGAAAGAACCCAAUAGAGACUUCUGGAGCCAAGUGUGACUCUCCCAAACGUAUGAGCAGGAAGAGAAUUGAUGCCUUAAGGGAAGAGAACUUUAAGUGCAAACCUGGAGAAGAGUCAACCAACGCGUGUGGCUCGGCGGCAGCGUGCCCAGCGGCGUGCGCGUGCGAGUACGGCGCGCGCGCAGUCAGUGUCGCGUGCGCCCGCGCAGCGCUCACUGAGGUGCCGAGGGACCUGCCUGUUAAUACUGAUGCGCUGUUGAUGUCAGACAACAGUCUUGGGCAGAUCAAGUCAGACGGUCUGUUUGGACGCCUACCAGACCUCACCAAGCUGGACCUUCGGAAUAAUGGCAUAACUCUGAUAGAAGAUAACGCAUUCGAUGGAGCUGCCAACAUCCAGGAGUUGCUGCUAGAUGGGAACCUGCUGCAGACUGUCACUGAUAAGAUGUUCUUCGGGCUGCAUAGUCUGAGUGUGCUGUCGCUCACGGAUAAUAAGAUCAAGUGCAUCACUCCAGGGGCCUUCGACCAUCUCACCAUGCUGUCCACUUUGAAUCUGGAAUCUAAUCCCCUGGACUGCACCUGCCAUAUAUCCUGGCUGCCGAACUGGCUCCGCAGCCGCCGCCUGUCUCCAUCAGCUACCUGCCGAUCACCAGCCGCGCUGAGAGACGCUAACUUGCAUCAUCUGGAAGUUUCUGAUUUCAAGUGUACUGCGGAAGACAAAGGCUGCCUAUCCCCGGACUACUGCCCGGCGCAAUGUGCCUGCACGGGCACGGUGGUGCGAUGUUCCCGCGCACAGCUGACCACUGUGCCACUCAACAUUCCCAAGCAGACUACUGAACUCUACCUGGAAUCCAACGACAUAGCGACGAUCCUGCCGGACCAGAUCCGCCACCUGACGCAGUUGACGCGCCUGGAUCUCUCCAACAACAAGAUCAGCGUGAUCACAAACAACACCUUUGAGGGACUCACCAAACUAUCCACUCUAAUCGUCAGUUACAACAAGCUGAGAUGUGUUCAGCGCGAUGCCCUCAAGGGUCUGACCCAGCUCCGUGUCCUGUCACUGCACGGGAACAACAUCUCCAUGCUCGCUGAUGGAGUGUUCAGGGACCUGGAGUCUAUCUCCCAUGUUGCCCUAGGUUCGAACCCGCUAUACUGCGACUGCAACUCCCGCUGGCUGUCGGAAUGGGUGAAGUCUGCCGGAGAGUACGUGGAGCCUGGCAUCGCGCGGUGCUCGGAGCCUGCCGCCAUGAGAGACAAGCUGAUACUCAGCACCCAGUCCAGUGCUUUUGUUUGUAAAGGCAAACCCCCAGCAGAAAUAAUAUCAAAAUGCGACAGCUGCUACAGCAACCCGUGCCGCAAUGGGGGCUCGUGCCGUGCGCGCGGUGCGGGCGGGCACGAGUGUCUGUGCGCGCGCGGUUACCAUGGCGACGAGUGCCAACACCAGAUCGACGCGUGCUACGGCUCCCCGUGCGCGCACGGAAUGUGUCGAGUGCUUGAGGAGGGGCGGUUUCACUGUUCCUGCCAGGCAGGCUACACAGGCGCGCGCUGUGAAGUCAACAUUGAUGACUGCGUGGCAAACAAGUGCCAGAACAAUGCCACCUGCGUUGAUCACCUCGAAGGGUACUCCUGCAAAUGUGCACCUGGGUUUAUGGGAGAAUUCUGCGAGAAGAAGAUCCCGUACUGCACGAAGGAAUUCAACCCGUGUGAGAACGGAGCGGUGUGCACUGACCACCACAGCCACUACACCUGCGCGUGUCCCAAGGGAUACUCCGGACAGAACUGCACUGUGAAUGCUGAUGAUUGCAUCAAUCAUAUGUGCCAGAACGGUGCGUCCUGCGUGGACGGUCUGGACGAGUACCGCUGCGCAUGCGCAGCCGGGUACGCGGGCCGCUACUGCGAGGCUGCGCCACACGCCGCGCUGGGGACCUCGCCCUGCGCACACCACGACUGUGUGCAUGGAGUCUGCUACCUGCCACAACCGAGGCCUUUGCAGGACGAUAUAAUAUUGGAGCGCCCUCUACUGAGCACCGCCAACGACUAUCUCUGCAAGUGCGCGCCUGGCUACUCAGGUCGUCUCUGCGAGUACCUGACCUCUCUGACGUUCAGCCACAAUGACUCCCUGGUGGAACUGGAGCCGCUGAGGACCACACCACAAGCCAAUGUCACACUGAUAUUCAGUACCACGCAGCUCCACGGAGUGCUGAUGUACUUCGGCGAGAACGAGCACCUGGCGGUGGAACUCUUCAACGGGAGGAUCCGCAUCAGCUACGAUAUUGGGAACCACCCCACUUCUACCAUGUACAGUUUCGAGAUGGUAUCCGACGGUAACUACCAUAAGGCGGAGCUGAUUGCCAUCAAGAAGAACUUCACGCUGAAGGUGGAUGGGGGACCGGCGCGGUCUAUUAUUAAUGAAGGUGCCAAGGAAUACCUCCGCCUGGAGAGGCCGAUGUACCUCGGAGGAGUGCCGGAGGACAUCGCCAAGGAGGCCUUCAGCAAGUGGCAUCUACGAAACAUCACCAGCUUUAAAGGUUGCAUGAAAGCCGCGUGGAUAAACCACAAGCGGGUAGACUAUGUGAACGCAGUGAGGGUCCAGAGGACCUCGGCAGGGUGUGGAGAGGACGAGCCCACCAGUUCCAUGGCUGCUACUGUCUUCGUGCAGGAGGAUGCCGGGAGACACAACCAGGACCCAUGCGUGCCCAAUCCGUGCGCCCGCGGCGGGCGCUGCGUGCGGGAGGAGGGCUCGCCCUCCGACUACACGUGUCGCUGCAGGGCCGGGACUGCUGGGCCGCAGUGUGAACUGAGGGCUUCUAUUAGUGGCGCUCCAGUUAUCACACAAGGCAGUAAGAUGCCCCAACGAAAACAAGGCAUCAGCAACGUGCAGGCUUCUCCAGCGGCACCGUCGCACAAGCAGCAGAUGCCCUCGGAGCACGCGCCCUCACAACCCACUCCGGCCACGGGAGCUUGCAGGAAGGAGGCGACUCGCGAGAUUAUAACCGAAGGAUCCUGUCGGUCUCGGCGCGCAGUGCGGGGGGCGCGCUGUGUGUCGAGGGACGCGCGCGCCACCUGUGGCAAGGGACACUGCUGUGCGCCACGGAAGACUAAGAAGAGAAAGAUAAGAUUAGUCUGCUCGGACGGCACGAGAUACACCAAAGAUAUAGAAAUAGUCAGAAAGUGUGCUUGUGGGAAGAAAUGCGCGAGAACCACCCCGUUCCACUGAACAAGACUGACCAUCUAUUACCACAAUGUCAUUUUUACCCUAAAACCUUUCAACAGUCAUUAUUACCACCAUCUAAAAUACCCAUGUCAGUUUUACCACCCAAAUAUGAAUACUCGUAAUUACCCUACUUAUGAAACCGAUGUCACUUUUACCCUAGAAACUCAAAAGUCAUUAUUACCACCCUCUAAAUAACUGGUAUGUCAUCGUUACCCUAAAUACUGCAAUAGUCAUAAUUACCCCAGGGCAAGUUGCUAAUCACCUUAUGAAAUAUUGGCAACAUACCUACUAUAUGAUGAAAAAUAAUGGCCAUAAUAUAAAAUAAAUUACCUUGAAAUAAUGGUAAUGAAUAAAUGAACUAUACUACUGUAGGGUAAGCAUUCAAUAAUAUAUACAAACCACAUGUCAGAUCCUGAAAAAUACAUUUUAAAUACUACACACAGAUAGGUAUUUACAUUUUAACAAUGUAUUAAAAUUAUUGUUUUAAAAUCAACAAUGUUGUCAUGCUAAAAAAAGGUAGUUACCAACUCAAUAAAAAAACUACCAAAAUAAGAAUAUUAUACAUGGCAACACCAACAACGAGCUCUCCCCAGGCAAUAGACAAUAAAUCAAUGUUUUUUAUUAAUAUACACACAGACAUACAUCUCUACAUAUUGUAUUAGUAUGGUAGUGUUGAUAUAAGUAGCAUAUUGGUAUCAACUUUACAAAAACAAAUAACUUAGUCAAAGUCAAAGCAUUUAUUUCAAUUAUUCCUAAAUUAGGCACUUCUGAAACGUCAAAUUGAAUUGUCC